AUGGACGAGCUCAAAAAAAGCACAGAAACAUUUAUGAUGCCAAUCUCCAGAUGCUCUAUUAGAAGCUCCACAAAUAUUUGCAAAAAUCCAGGCAAUAAUACUAAGAAAAACCUUGACAUCCUGCCUAAACUGACGAAUGGAAAGAAAAUCAAUAUUUUUACUUUAUUUGCGCUAUUUUCAAAUUCCCGAGAGCUCAAUAUAAACUUGCCAACAACUUUAAUAAAAUCCGAAGAUUUGCCGAUCCCAUGCUUACUAUGAGCAAAAAGUAAUGGAAUACUCUGCUCGAGAUUUUGCAAAGACAAUGAGUUUUUUAUAUUUUCCCACAAAAAUAAAAACUGUGAAGGGCAUACUUAUUUAUAUAAGCGCUUUGAUAAAGAAAGUAUUAUUCUCAAUUCUAAAGAGGCUGCUGAGUCGCUUUGAAAUUCUUCCACAGAUUCCUCCGCAAUGAUUCAAACUUAUAUAGAAUCCCCAUCAAACCCUAAGUCAAUUCUUAGAGUUUUAUGAAGGUCUGGCAUGAAAUCAAAAUAUUUUACAAUAAUUAACAGGAUUCACGUCAUAAAUAAUUUGUGUGAAACCCAAAGAAAAGUUUCGGCAACUCCAAGCUUGUACCAGAGGAAAAAGAGUUUAAGCAUUUUAGGAGAUUUUAAAUACACAGAUAUGAUUCUCAAAACAUCGAGAUCUAUCAAUAAUCCAUAUAAAGUAAGUAGGUUUUCGAGGACUAUGAGGAGAGAAAAAACUAGGUCUGAUAAAAUGAUAACAGCUAAAAAUAAAGAUGAAAAGCACAUAGAAGUAAGGGAUUUUCAGCUGCAAGACCAAAACAAUAUGAUUGUGGAUCCAAAGAAAACUGAUAAUAUCUUAGUUUUAGAAGACUCGAUUAAAGGAGCUGAGCUAGACCCUAUAGUUGACCAAAUUGUGGCAUUUUUAAAUUCCAAUGUAUAUAAAGAAGAAGAAAUUAAUGGAAUUGUUUUAGAUUUUGUUCUUUGCAAAAUGCAGAAAUGAGUAUUAUUAGACUGCAAAGAAAUUUCUGUAGGAAGAUGCAAAACUCCUUUUGAAAACGGCAAAAAAGUAGAAUUAAAGCCUUUAAGUAAACGGCGGACCAGCUCAUAUGGUGAAGUUUUAAUACUUGAGAGCCAAAGAAGCACCCCAAAACCUGAUAUCAAAAUCAAUAAAACUCCAUCAACUCAUUCAAGUCUUGGCUGCCCUUUUACAAUUAAAUCAACCCCAAAGCUCAUCCCAACUUCUGCAAGCGAAAAAGAUUUGUUCGACAGGUGAAAUCAAGUCAAUGAAAGACUUGGAAAAAUUGUGAGCUUGAAGCCAUCAUAUGUAAAAGAUGCAAAAGAACAAAGCAUAAAAGCUUAUCAGACAAGAUACAAUGCAAGGCACGGGACAGUCAUAGAGCCAACAACACCUUCUUUAGAAACAGAUUCAAGUCCAUUGACUUCCAAUACACAGCCUACGUCAAACCCACUGUGGGAUAACGAAAACCAGCAUAUUCAUAGAUGCUUUGCAGACAUUAUUGGGAGAAUUGAUGAAAUGAACAUGAAUACAGAACUUUUAAAGGUUAAACAUCAAAAUCUAGUAGGAAAGUAUGGUGGAGAUGAUUUUUGGAAUAAAUUUAUCAGGUCUUUAUAUAAGAAAAUUAUGUCAGAUGAAUCUAGUCUGCAUAAGUAUUUUGUUGGGUCUCACUUGGACAUGAUUAUUGGAGGGAUGUUUAAGGUAUUUAAUGGGUGCGCCACUUUAGAAUUUAGGAGAAAAAUAAAAGCAGCCCAUGAAUUUAUGGGAAUUAGUGAUAAAGAUUUCAAUCUUUAUUCCGAUUUCUUCGAAAGUACAUUGAAUGAGUUCGAAAUUGAAGAGGAAGACAAAAGAGUCAUCAUGACACAAAUUAGAUCUAUGAGGUGCCUCAUCUGUAGAUAUCCUCAGAUAGGUUCAUAA